AUGGCACAGAGUUUACGAUUGCACUUUGCAGCCAGAAGAAGCAAGACUUACCCUCUGUCGGAACCCUCCGGAGAUGACCUGGAUAGCCACGUUCACACACACGGCAAGAGGCCGCCCCGGAUCUCAGUGGCCAGUGUGGUUCAAAUGAGGCUGACCCCCAGACAGACGCCACUGGCUCCGUGGGUAGAGCAGAGAUCAUCGGAAAGCAGUGACAAGAAAAGCAGCUGCCUGCAGAUUUCGCUGCAGCCCCGGGCCAGUGGGUGUCUUCCGCCUCGCACCGUGGUGGCUGACAGGGACGAUACUUCCUUUACCUCUGUUCUGAAGGAUGGCGUUUGCAGCAGCCCCGGGCCUGACAGCGAGCUGCCCGGUGCCAGCGAUGGCAGCCUCUUCGGUCCCUCUGCUGUGUGCCACGGCAGCCUCGGCAACUUCUCAGCCAGUGACAGUGGGUCCUGCAGCAGCAGCGGCAGUGACUGUGGGUCUUGUGCAAGCACCGCCAGCAGAGGCUCCUACACCAGCAGCGUUGUGAGCGACAGCAGUGGCUACGAGACUUCACCUUCUGACAGCGCCUCCAGCAGAAGCGUGCCGGUCAGCGCCCAUCCUCGUGAGGUUACGUGCACAAGUCCCAGUGGGCUUGCCUUUACCCAUGAGGACCUGGAGCGUGGGGUCGAGAUCAUGAAGCUGCCAGUGAGCAGGAACGCAAAGGCCCCACUGAAGCGCUGCACGUCUUUGGUCAUCUUCCCCAGGAGCCCUUCAAACACCCCACCGGCGUCCCCGACGAGCAGAGGUGCCUACCAGACCUCGCACCAGUUGGCUGUGUCUCCUACCGAAACUGCACAGCAGGAAGAUGCUUCCGGCACCAAAGGCUUUCUGUCGACAGCCGUCAACGGGCUUCGGUUAUCUAAAACAGUUCGAGCUCCCGGAGAAGUCAGAGAUGUGCGGCCACUCCACGCCAAGGGCUCGUUGCAGAAGAAAAUUGUCAUUUCAAAUAGUAGGCCCAAACAGACUGUGUGUGAGAAGCUGCCUGAAGGAUUUUCCCAUCUUUCGUUGCACUUAACCCAACAAAAAACAACCACCACGUCGGAUUGUGAAAACACACGUCGUGGUGGCCCAUCAGGGAGGUCAGAACUUCAGCCCCAGUCUGAUGUGGACCAUGGCAUGCUCACGCCACACACGGAUUACCAUAUAAACAUGUGUGGAGAGUUGGAAAGACCAAAUGCACAGAUAAGGAAAAGCCGGGCUGCUUUGCAAAGAAGUAUCUCAUUGGGUGGGCCAUACCCAGAUAUUUCCUGUUUACCCAGCCUGAAGCACAAUUGUUCAAAGGGGGGAUCAUCCCAGUUGCUCAUAAAGUUUGCAUCUGGGCAUGACGGUGGAGCUGGUAGUUGGUGGGGAGAGAGAGACUUGGCAGAUGGGCUGUCUGGUGUCUGUAAGACAAGAGAUGAUUUCCUAGGUCAAGUGGACGUCCCUCUCUAUCCUUUACCGACAGAAAACCCAAGAAUGGAGAGACCAUAUACGUUCAAGGAUUUCGUUCUCCAUCCAAGAAGUCACAAGUCAAGAGUUAAAGGUUAUCUGAGAUUAAAAAUGACUUAUUUACCUAAAACCAAUGGCUCGGAAGAGGAGAAUGGAGAUCAGGUUGAGGAGUUAGAGCCUGGCUGGGUGGUUUUGGACCAACCAGAUGCUGCUACCCAUUUGCAGCAUCCACCAGAACCCUCUCCCCUGCCUCCAGGAUGGGAAGAGAGGCAGGAUGUCCUUGGAAGGACCUACUAUGUAAACCAUGACUCUAGAAGGACACAGUGGAAAAGACCAAGCCCUGAGGAUGACCUCACAGAUGCUGAGAACGGUGAUAUCCAGCUGCAGGCACAGCGAGCGUUUACCACCAGGCGGCAGAUAUCGGAGGAGGUGGACAGCCCUGACAACCGGGAGUCCCCUGAGAAUUGGGAAGUUAUACGAGAAGAGGAUAAUGCAGUGUAUAGCGGUCAGGCUGUCCAGUCGCCUCCGUCAAGUCAAGUGGAUGGACAGGCUCGCCUUGCAGAAGAGUUAGAUGCCAGACUUGCUGUGUUUGGAAAUCCCGCCACCGGCCAGCCAGUCACCAGCUCGAAUCAUUCCAGCAGAGGAGGCAGCUUGCAAGCCUGUAUCUUCGAGGAACAGCCUGCACUUCCUGUGCUUCUGCCUACUUCAUCUGGGUUGCCACCAGGUUGGGAAGAGAAGCAGGAUGAGAGAGGACGUUCGUACUACGUAGACCACAACUCUAGAACCACCACAUGGGCCAAGCCCACCAUGCAGGCCCCAGUGGAGAGCAGUCAGCAGCCAUCAAGCCAGAGUUCCGCAGGCCCUCAGCCACAGCUCCCCACCAGUGACCCCGCUCACCAGGCCAGCCCGCCAUCUGGCACUCAGCAAGCAUUCCUUCCCAAAGGUUGGGAAGUCCGGCAUGCACCAAACGGGAGGCCUUUCUUUAUUGACCACAACACCAAGACCACCAGCUGGGACGAUCCAAGACUGAAAACCCCUGCUCCUCCGAAAGCGAAGACAUCAGCCGACUCGUCCAGUGACCUGGGACCUUUGCCUCCAGGAUGGGAGGAGCGGACCCACACGGACGGAAGAGUCUUCUACAUAAACCACAACAUGAAGAAGACGCAGUGGGAGGACCCCCGGCUGCGGAGCGCGGCGGUAACCGGGCCAGCAGUGCCCUACUCCCGGGAUUACAAGAGAAAGUACGAGUUCUUCCGAAGAAAGCUGAAGAAGCAGAAUGACAUUCCAAACAAAUUUGAAAUGAAACUCCGCCGCGCAAAUAUCCUGGAGGAUUCUUACCGGAGAAUUAUGGGAGUGAAGAGAGCCGACUUCCUCAAGGCUCGCCUCUGGAUUGAGUUUGAUGGUGAAAAGGGACUUGACUAUGGAGGCGUUGCUCGAGAGUGGUUCUUCCUCAUUUCAAAGGAGAUGUUCAAUCCUUACUACGGGCUGUUCGAGUACUCUGCUACGGAUAAUUACACCCUGCAGAUAAAUCCAAACUCGGGCUUGUGUAAUGAAGAUCACCUCUCGUACUUCAAGUUCAUCGGUCGCGUGGCUGGGAUGGCAGUUUACCAUGGCAAGCUGUUGGAUGGCUUUUUCAUUCGCCCCUUUUACAAGAUGAUGCUUCAGAAAAUGAUCACGCUGCAUGACAUGGAGUCGGUGGAUAGUGAAUAUUACAGUUCUCUGCGCUGGAUUCUUGAAAAUGACCCGACGGAGCUGGACCUGAGAUUCAUUAUAGACGAAGAACUUUUUGGACAGACACAUCAACAUGAACUGAAAACUGGCGGCUCAGAGAUUGUCGUCACCAACAAGAACAAAAAGGAGUAUAUCUACCUUGUGAUACAGUGGCGAUUUGUGAACCGAAUCCAGAAGCAAAUGGCUGCCUUUAAAGAGGGAUUUUUUGAGCUGAUUCCACAGGAUCUCAUCAAGAUAUUCGAUGAAAAUGAACUAGAGCUUCUCAUGUGUGGCCUGGGAGAUGUGGACGUGAGCGACUGGAAGGAACAUACAAAGUACAAAAAUGGCUACAGCAUGAACCACCAGGUUAUCCAGUGGUUCUGGAAGGCUGUUUUGAUGAUGGACGCAGAAAAAAGAAUUCGCCUGCUUCAGUUCGUCACCGGCACUUCCCGUGUGCCUAUGAAUGGAUUUGCUGAACUCUAUGGCUCAAAUGGACCCCAGUCCUUCACAGUUGAACAGUGGGGCACCCCGGACAAGCUGCCAAGAGCACAUACGUGCUUCAAUCGCCUGGACCUGCCUCCCUAUGACUCGUUCGACGAGCUCUGGGAUAAGCUUCAGAUGGCAAUCGAGAACACGCAGGGCUUUGAUGGGGUCGACUAGAGAGGCAGGUGUUCGAAACAGGCUGUGGGGGCUUGACCACCAUAGCUUCUAAGCAAAAGCAAAAUCCCAUCUUACCACUUUCCAGAAAUUUCUAAAAGGUUGUCACUGGCUUCUCCCACGAGACCAGAGGAUAGUUUGUCCAUGAUUUCAGCCACCACCAUGCUGACGUA